AUGUUUAUGACUUUAAUGGAAAGAUAUGCAGAAAUUAAGGAUAAAAAAUUGAGUUAUAGAUGGAAAAAACAAUAUGAAAAUAUUAAACUUUUUAAGGAAACUUAUUCCGAUACUAAAAAUCUUGAUAAGUUACAUAAAAAAGAAUAUGCGAGACUUUUGACUAAUGCUUUACAAGACACUUUAAAGAAUUGGACAAUAUUAAAGGUCAUUAUGGUACAACCGAAUGAUGCAGAUAAGAAAGGUCAAGGUAAUAGAUUAUUAUGUGCUAUCGGUAAAGUUAUUGCAGAAUUAUUACCUGAUUGUUUUAGCUUUGAAAACUUGACUGUAGAGCAACUACAAGAAGUUAAAGAUAUUUAG